ACGCUUCGCUAACCAUUAAGCCACCACUGCCUACUGUUAAACAAAAUGUUGAUUAAUAUAACUCUUUAUACAUUAACAGUCAGGCCAAUGUAGACGCUAACGGAAACCUUAUUGUUACGUACCAUUCCUAACCCCAAAAUCCGUAACAUACGCUGCAGAAAUUUGCAAUCAGCAAACGUCGUCUUAAACGAUUCGUGCGUCGCUACGUAAUUCUGUCCGGGGCAAAGCUGUUUAAAAAAUUAAAUAAUAUGUGUUGAUAGAGUUAACGUCAUAUAUGUUUAAAAGAUAGUCUUUCAAUCGAUGCAUUCAGCUUCUAAAGAGCUGAAGUUCUUUACGGAUAAACACAAAGACGAGAGGAGGAAAAGUGGUUCAAACAACCCUAAAAGGUCAAAUGGAUCAUUUUGCGACGUCGUCCCAAAAUGAACUUAUCCUCUUACCUCCUCAAUUGUCGCACUCUAUAAGGCUUGAUUCCAGCGACUCAGAUGAGGAGAAGAAUCUCAAUGAUUUCCAGAGGAAGAUGCGACGAGAGCAUCUGCAAGCCCUGGCACACAUCAAAAAGGCGUGCGUGUUCACAGAGAGGAUCCGCAGGAAGCGAAUCACCGUCAGCUGCAAUAAGCUGCGUGAACUCCUGCCCAGAGUACAGGGUACCCGCAGUGAUAUGGUGACUGUGCUUGAAAUGACCAUAGCCUUCCUGGAGAAUGUACAGGAGUUCGCUAAGGGACACCAGUACACAGAGAUCCUGUACCCUCCAGAGCAGCUAUACUCCAGGUGGCUCCUAGAGACGCACCUGAGGAAGCAGCAGUGUCAGAACAAGAGCUAUGAGGAGGAUGAGGCGCGAAAAGGCCAGCAACAGAAGAGCAGGGCCUGUAAGGGUAAACUUUUGAGCCCCAACCCUGGACAAUGGCAGAGUAAGAGUGCUGAUUCUACAUUGAUAAACGCGGAAAGAACCAACAUUCCUACUGACCCAUGUGAUAACUUGGAGGGGACAGGAUGUUCCGGUCAGCCAAACACCGAACUCCUCCCUGAGUCCCAAAGCAUCAGCACUCCAGCGGUUCCCUCUGUUGCUGCAGACCUGUCGCUGGACACCUUUGCUGCUCCAUCCUUCUGGAGUCCGGCAGUGCUGAUGUCCCCAGUGAACCCAGCGUCCCAAACCUUACAGGCAACUUCCUGGGACAACUGCACGAUCCCAGUGGUACAAAGCGUCUGAAUGUCGUCAUAGUGUUUAUGCGCAGGGUUUACAUACUGGAUGCCAUGAAGACUGUGGCUCUAGGUCACACUGCAGCUGAUGUUGUGUGGGGGCAAAAUUUGCUUAGGUGUCCUAUUGGAAAUUAACAGUAUGCAGUAGCAGUUGCUAAAUUGUUUUCAGUUGAAGUUGUCUGUUUAAGUUGCCUUUUUUUGUGAAGAAAUGCCAUGUUGUCACAUUAUUUGGCCGGGUAUUUAAAAUAAAGGUUAUUCUAUGAAAAGCAA